AUGGCUGGCUCCCCUUACCAGCGCCCACUAGCCGUAUGUGCCAUGGACGUCACGGGGCAUUCUAUCUAUCUAUCUAUCUAUCUAUCUAUCAUAGAUUUCAUAUUUAUCAUUCCGUUUCUUCCUAUUCAUAUAUCUAGUCAUUUUCAUUAUCUAUCUAUCUUCUAUCUAUCUAUCUAUCACAGAUUUCAGAUUUAUCAUUCCAUCUAUCUAGUCAUUUUCAUUAUCUAUCUAUCUAUCUAUCUAUCACAGAUUUCAUAUUUAUCAUUCCGUUUCAGGCUAUUCAUAUCUAGGUUCAUAUCUAUCUUCCUACCUAGAUACCUAUCUAGUCAUUUUCAUUAUCUAUCUAUCUAUCUAUCUAUCUAUCUAUCUGAGUUUGUUCGUAUUUGUCAUUUUCUCUCUUUCUGUCCAUCUCUCUCUGUCUAUCGCAGUUUUUCUUAUGAGUCUCUCAAUUUGUCCAUAUCUAUCUAUCUAUCUAUCUAUCUAUCUAUCUAUCUAUCAAUUUUUUUUAAAUAUCUAUCAUUCUACUAUCUAGUCAUGUUUAUUAUCUAUCUAUCUAUCUAUCUAUCUAUCUAUCUAUCUAUCUAUCUAUCUAUCUCAGCCUGGAAUGUUAGUGAAUAUAAUUCUUUUUCUCUCCUUUUCUCUCCCUUUCUUUCUCUCCUUUUCUCUCCCUUUCUCUCUCUUUCUUGUCUCUUUUUUAUUUUGCCAUUUAUCUUUCAAUUAUUUCAUUCAUCUCUUUCUUCGCUAAUUAUUCUUUUUUUUCUUUAUUGCCAGCUGAACCGGCAAUUUUAA